UGACGGGUGCAGCGUGGCCACGCACGCGGCGCGCUGGUGUUCUCUGGAGGCCGGAUGGCGGCCGCCGCCGUCGUCGUCAAGAAGCCCCUGGCGGGCGCGCCGGCCCCGCCCUCGAGACGCGAACGUCGACGGCCCCGCUGCCGCUGCUGUCAGCCCGCCGUCUCCGCCUGCCGCCGCUUCUGGGAUGAGCUGCUGGACGCGGUGCGGCGGCGGCGCAGCGGCCAGCAGAGGGACCAGCAGGACACGAGUGAGGACACGGACGAGGACCUGGGGCUGCCGCGCUCGCCCACCAACUCGCCGCCCACCACCGCGGACGUGCUGCUCGACAAGACGCUCAAGGAAAACCCAACCAAAUCUCAUAGCACAUGCAGUGAUGGGUCGUUACUCAGCAUGGGUAGCUCCGAAAUGGACGAGGACUCCAUGGGACAAAACUCUGGUCAUUCCUCAAAGAUUUCUCUUCAAGACAAGAAGAUUUACCAGGAAAAUGCAUCAGAUGCCGAACUGGACAUUGGAGUGUUAGCUGUACCACUCAGCCACAGUGCAGCAAGGCAUAAGAUGGCUGUGCGGCCUAAAAGAACACACGGGGCACCCAGACGACACAGAAUGCAGCAGAUUUCUGCUGGGAGCUCCCUGCCUACAACCCCAGAAGUAAAUGAAGAAGCAUCUUGUAGGAGUACAAGUCCAGAGGUGAAACAAAGGAAAGAAAACGCAUCUGAAUUUAGCAAGAAUGAUGACACUGAAAUUCCUGCUUGGCCUUCCACUGCAACUGAACACAUGCUGCCACCUCUUGUGAAUCUGCCUAUUGAAAUUCAACAAAAAUCUGCAUCUCUCCCUCCUGGAUUAGCUCUCACUCCCGGAGAACAUGUGAACAAACUGCCUCGAAGCCGGUCAAAUGCUGCAUACAGACAGACUGAAGCAUCUUCAAGCAGCCGCUACAAACGAGCAGCAUCUGCUUCAGAACUUGAAAUGAAUAUGUCAAGUAUAAUUGCCCUAGAAGCUCUCACAAAAUCAAGGGAAAUGUUUGGCAUUGUUGGGGAAGAGGAUGAAGAUGAGAAAGCAGACAUUGCAGAAGAUAAGGAUGAAAAUAAAGAAAAAGAUGAAAAGAAAGAGGAAACAACCUUUUUCGGACGGCUCUUGUCGAGACGUAGUGGGAAAAAGAAAAAGGAAAAAUCAGAUGAUGUAGACAGCAAUCUUGGUGAUAACUUAAACAAACAGAUUUCAGCUCCACCACUGAUACCAAAGCGAAUAAAUGAAGGUGGGCAAUAUGCCAAUGACUUUUUCACUGAUUUUACUUCCCAUGCAUCAUCUAGGCAUCAUAAUACCAAAUUACAGCCACGAAGUUCUGCUGCCUCACGUCAGAGAGUAGAACCAAUUAAUUUACCACCAAGUCCUGAAAUACAAAAAAGAGGAAAAGUUCUUGAAGUCCCUGAAGUUACUUCCAUUCCUCCAAAUGAUUAUGGCUCAGAUAUUUUGGUGACUGACAAAAAUGAUAAUGUAAGUGUAGCAGAAAAAGUAGUUCCAGAUGUGAUGCAUGGAAAUCUCUCUGUUUCUCCUCCAAAACAUGUGUGGACAUCGCAUAGUGCAGGAGGUAGCAAAGAACUUAAUUCCACUUCAUUGCAGCAUAUAAAUGCAGAUAAAAGAUCUGAAAGUCAAGAUUCUCUCUCCAAUGAAAAUGAAUACAAAUCUUCCUUCAGAAUUGGUGAAGCACUAACUCAUGAGCAACCACUUCCCAGUGCGUAUGAUGAAACUGAUGAAAGAGAAUGCAGUUCCUUGGUGAACACAGUUGAGAAACCAAGCUCUCCAAAAUUUCCAGUCAAAAAGUCUCAGAGCUUUAGAACUGAUAUAGAUUUUUCACAGAAAACUCACAAAAACCCAGCAUCAAAUACAAGCAAUACAUUAAGUAACAUUGUUAAAGAAAGCCAAGAUCUGAGCUUUCAGGAAGAUGUAAGAGAAGUAGAAGAGACAACAAUAUCGUACAAAAGCACAAUUUCAGCAACAAUAUCUGCUGAUGAAACAAAAAUUAUGACAAUCAGUAGUGAAAGACCACUGAGUUCAAAACCAAUGGAAAAAGAAUUAUUGUUUUACGAUGAAACUGCUACCAAUGAGAAGACAAACCUGUUUGCAAACAAUGUUUAUGUAUCAACAACAAGUGUUCUAAAAGAAAAGACAAUUGAAAAUAUAUUCACAAGUGUUUCAUCUCCUGAAGUUCCUCUAGCUAAGGAAAAUGUAGGAUCUCUUGAAAAGGCUGCCUCUUCAGAAAGUGUCAGUACUGAUCAUUAUUCCAAAACUUCAUCUGUGCUGGACUCUAAACCACCAAAAACAUCCUCAGGUAGUGAAAAUGAUACCAACUACACUCAACAUGUAGUGUUGCCACCUGGCACUGAUGGUAUCACUAUCACACAAACAUUCACAAAACAUGAAGAAACUAAAACAGACUUAAAAGGGAAUGGUUCACAUUUUAUGCAGCAGCAUAACAUGGAUAUCUAUAAAGGUGAAAAUACAAUGGAGGAAGUUGUAAAAGCUGACCUUUCUGUAGACACUCGGCCUUCUAUAGCAGCAAUAAAUGAUGCAACUCAACAGCCAAAUGAGCUGGUGAUAACUGCACAAGAAUCAACAAAAACGGAGUCGAAUUUACCUGAAAUGCUAAGUGGACAAGAAAGCACUGCAAAGAGUUUUGAUAAUGCCAGGAAAAGUGCUGAUUUACCAAAAACAUCCCCUGGAUUAUCUCAGCAGGAAAAAGAUUUACUUGCACACAAUUUUACUCCCCGACCACAACCAACAAAACGUGAACCUCGGCUUGCUACUGCAUCAGAACACGUUCCUGAAUUUCUCAGAAUCCAGCUGAAUCGUGUUGAUAGUCAGCCUGCAGUGAAUGUAAUUUUUGAUACUGAUAAACCUGAUCCACAAAGAAGUCGUUUGAAAAGUAUUGAUGAGAAGUUAGGUAUAAAGACUGAACAGACAGAUGAAGCCGAUGAACAAGCAAAAAGGUCAUCACUCAUUUCUGAGACAUCCCAGGAAACACAUGGAACAACAUCUUCCAUUAAGCAGAAGAUCUUUAGAGAAGAACAGUUCAAAGCAGUUAAGGAUGGUGCUGAUGGUAGAAAUGUAACUGGAAAACCUGUUGGCCACACAUCGGAUGGCAUACAGAAGAUAUGUGAACCUGCUUCUACAUUUGAAGAAAUAGCAAAGCCAGAAGCAGGAAUAAACAAUCCUGUGAAAACAAAGAGAAGUAUAUCAUUAACAGCAACUCCAAGUCAACAGAAUAGAAAUUACUCAGUUGUUUCAAUAUCAUCUGAAAUGCAAACAGCACGCCACCCAUCAAAGUUUGCUUUUAAGAAACAAUCGUCUAGUUUUGAUUCUCCAGAUUCUCACGUCCCUUUGAAUGAUAAUAUCCUAAAUGAAUCUGAAGAUAUGAAGACCAUAAAUAAGUAUGAAGGGUCCAUAAGUACAAAAGAUUUUGGUACACAAGAUGUAGUAAUUCGUAAAAAAUCUGUACAAAGGGACCCUAUCCUCAGAAAGGAGGAAGACUGUUUUCCUCCUGUUGAAAGGUUUUCAUCAGGACGUGAGUCAGUCUGUUCUGAGGCAAGUUCUACAGAUAAUAGCCACAGGAGCUCAAGAUCAAAAGAAACCUUUGGAUCAGAGUCAGGCAGUGUAUUUGAGAAUAGUAUGAACGAAGUAGUUCUACGUAAAAAGUCAGUGACAAAAGAGAUAGGCCUUAAAAAUGAGGAAGAACCUGAGUUACUCAAAGUAUUUGCUAGAAGAUCUCUUAAACUGAAAGAUAGUGAUAUUGAAGUUCUUAGCCAACAAAGUCUCUCAUCAAAGAACCGGGAAAACCAAGCCGUCUCUGACACUCAGGCAACAAAAUCAAGAGAUAGUGACAAGGAAAAUGAAUGUGGAGAUUCACCUAAAGAAGAGAGGAAAAAGUUGCCUAUUAAGGAACCACUUGUUGAGUCAAAACACCACUCAGACAUAGUCCCUGAACCACCUAUUAAAUUAGCUGCCCCCGUGAAUAAUACCCGACACAGCAGCCCAGCAAAUUUUAAGUAUCAAAGAAGUAUAAGUGGAAGCAGCACUGCAAGCAAUGAGAACACAAACAUAAACGAGAACAUUUUAUCACCCUAUAAAAAGGAUAACAUGAGCCCCGAAAAACGCAUUAGAAAUAGAACUGUUCCUGAAUCACAGCGCACAGAUAGUUGCUUCAUUUCUUCAGAAAGAACUCCACACAGAGCUUGGGCAAACAUAUAUAAAGAGAAAGAAAUGCACAUUGUAAGCACUGAGAGCAAAACAGCAGCAGAGAGACUGAAUACCCAGACUGAUAAUGAGACUAAUGCUUCAGAGGUUGAAGAAAGCAGCAUUCCAAGAUUCAAGCGCAUACAGCAGAGGCGAGAGGAAUGGGAGCAACGAGCACAGCUGGCCUCAAAGAGGAAUCUGCCUUAGGUGCUAAAACUGAAUGUAACCCAAGAAGAAACAAAAGAAAUGUUCUCCUCCAUUGCUGGAGAUGGUAGCAAAUUACAUGAAUAUUUUGUUACUCACUUCACAAAGAGUGAAAUUGGUUUCAUGGAGCAAUCACUGCAACUACAUAAACCAUAUUUUGUAAUGCUAAUGGGCAAGUAUUUCAAUACUGGAGACGAUUGUGUAAUUUUACACUUUUGAGAUAAAAUAUUAGUUUGUCACAUGAAUAGCUUUUCAUAACAUUUUGUGAGAUGAGGUUACAUAUUUUAGACUUUUUUAUGUCCAAAGGUGCAUAGUUUCAUUGUGGAGUUUUUGUGGUAAUGCAUUUCAGAUGAGACAUUUAUUUCAAAUGACUUAUAAGUAAAUACUACCCUGUGCAAGAAAAAUGAAACUAUAAAAACAAAGCACGAUGGUUAGUAUUGGAAGAGAGACUCUGUCACAGCUUAGAGACAGAAAAUGUCAUGAAGUAGAACUCAGCAACUGAGUUUUUAAUAAGUUUGGCUAACUGACCUACAUCUCUAUCGAAAUUCAACUUUUUUUAACAAGCUGAAGGAAUUUGUAACAUUAGAUAUCUGUGAAAUGAUCUGCUGACCAAUAACCACACAUUCAGAAGUGAUCUUCCAGCAGAUAUCUUGAAAGUUAUUAAUGGUGUAUUAAUGUCUGAAAACUAUGCAUUUGAAUUCACUAUUGAGCUCAUUCAUGACAAUGAAAUAUAUGUUUGUUUGUUUUUUUUUUCUCCAUCAUGUGAAUUAGUAAAUUAUGUAAAGAGAGUAUUUCUCCAUGUUCUUUCAGUCACAAAAUUUGAAAGAGUUUUAUUUCAUGAUUUCUUUUUCUUGAAGCAAGAUGCCAUAUGUCAACACUUCUUUCAUUUAUAAUCAUUCCACUGUUUGUUCUUUUCCUUGUUUUUGGAAAAUACUUGUAAAAUUUAAAUUUUCUGUACAGAUUCUAGUUUCUGAUGUGCUAUGCAUCUGCUAUUAUGCUUAAAUAAUUCCACAACCAUUAUACACAGUAUGUGUCUUCUGUGUUCUGUUCUUUUGAUGAAGCAAUUGUCAUGUGACAAUGGCAUCUCACAUAACUGUUGAAUCAUUCUUUUAUAUUUUCCAGAAUAGAUAGAGAGUAUACUUCUAGAUAAAGUGAAUUAAAAUUUAUGGCAUAUCAUAAAUUAAUUUUACAUACUUUCGUUUCUGGACUGUGUUAACUAACGAGUGAUAUUUUUGUAUAAGUGUGUACAUAUAUAUUUAAUUGUAUAUAAACACAAUUGUAUUAUAUCUCCAUAGGUACAGUAUACUAUUUCCAAAUAUUUUGUUGUAUUAAGCCAUUGUACUUUUUGGUACUAUCAGAAUUGUGAUCUGUGUAUGGCAGGUGUAUUUUUGUUUAAUAAACCAUAUAGGAGAGUUUCUCUCUUAAAUGUAUUAUGUGCAUAAAACAAUAAAUUAGCUAGCACCUCCACACAAGUGCCUUUCAGGGAUGCUCCUGUCUAAGAAUGAGUGAAAAGUGCUUUGCAUGCAUCCAAGAACUAUUAUUCGGUGCAAGGAUGCCAACUGUAUGGUUGUCAAAAUUAAAAUGUAGUUUAUUGAUUUUCCUAACAGAUAUCCAUAUUUAUCAACUGACUGAACUGUCACUGUAAAUAUUUGAUUAUUACAAUAUAUAUUGUGGUAUUUGUUAAAAGUAUUAAAAGUUUAAAUGUGCAAGUAAACUAUGUUGUAGCAAGUUCAUUUUAGAUCAUUUAAACAGGAAGGCUGUGUGUGUCUGUGUCUUACUAUGUAGUGUUACAAAAUAUAAAUAUGUUGCUUUAGAAAAGCACAGAGCGUAUUUUUAUGAAAGGAAGUCAUGCCUACAGCUUAAAUGCUAUCAAUGUGAAAAGAUGAAUCAUGAUGUAAUAUACCUUCUCAAAACCUAUAUGUACAUCAUCCAUAUUAUUUACGCUUUGUACAUGCUGAAAAUUGGAAAUGAUUUUGUUAACAAGGCAACAUUAAACAUUUAAAUAUAUAUAUAUAUUUCAUCCA